UGGCUAUGGAAGCGUGACUUUUCCAGACUGUCGUCGUAUUCAAGUUCCCGCGUUGGAGUGAUAGAUAAUGUGCUUUUAAUAAAUUAGUUUAAAUAUUUCUAGUUUUCAUAAGUUUAUCGGAAUAAAUAUGGAAUCAGAAAAUAAAUUCUAUUCAGAUGCCGGUAAAAUCACGCCAAAAAGACAGGCUCUUCGAGAUCUAAGCAAUGGCGACUCUCCGGUUUCACCAAUGGCCAAUUUCAAACUUCUCAUCAAAGUUGCCACGAAUCAAAGCAGCUUUAUCGAAAGCCAAUCACAAUCAUUGAAAUUCUCCGAGAGCCAAUCAGAAUCGUUGAAAUUUACCGAUAGUCAAUCAGAAUCGUUGGAAUUUGCCGAGAACCAAUCAGAAUCGGUGAAAUUUGUGGACGAAUUGCCAAAGAUCCGACCCGAUUCGCCUUCAUCCGAAGACAACAAAGGUUACGGUCCUGGUUAUGUAAGGAAAAAUAAGUCACUCGGGUUUUUGUGCGUCAAGUUUUUGAAAAUGUUUCCAUUAGACAUGAAGAAAGGCCAUUUCUUGCAAAUAUCGUUGAAUCAUUUAGCAAAAGAGUUGGGCGUGGAAAAAAGGCGUGUUUAUGAUAUCAUAAACAUUGUCGAGAGUCUUGCAAUGGCUGAGAAGGUUAGCAAAGAUACAUACAAGUGGUAUGGAAAUCAAAAUCUAGCACAAGCAAUGGGCCUCUUCUCUCAAUAUGCUCGAGUUAUUGGGUUGGAUACUAUUAUGAGGAAAGCACAGGAAGGCGAAAGCUUGAACAGAGGAGUUUACAGGGAUCUGUUUGAGGAGAAGCUAAUUUCGUCAAUCACAAGGGACACAAAAUGCUUGUUGGACAAUAGGCGGUUGGGUGUUUUGUGCCAGAAAUUCAUUAUGCUUCUACUUGCAUCUCAUCAGCAAAACAGCCUGGUAAGCCUAAACGCAGCCGUCUCGCUGCUCGUGUCCGAAACGGAGCUGAUCAAAACCCGUCAACGACGUCUGUACGACAUCGCCAACAUCCUGCAGUCGCUGCACCUGAUCCGUCGCGUGUUUCCGUCCAGCAGUCGGCCGGCGGCGCGCGUCCUCAAACGGCCGGUCUUCGCCUACUCAGGGCCACGCCUCCAGAAGGUAUCGCUCAACCUCGGCUGUGUCAACGACAACUGUCAAACCAUCGCCAACCAUUCGAGCAACACCAUCGAAAGCGAGACCGAGACCCAACUCGACACCAGCUACAUCGAGCCUCAAAUCGACCAAAAACAACCGGCCGCCAAGAAGCGACUAGUAUUCAAGCCGGAACUACGUAAGAUUCCCUCCAGCAACGUUAUACUCAAACCUUUCGAUCUCUACUGCCAACCUAACAAGGUGGCACCCCCUAGCAUAGAGCCUGGCGCAUGCUAUAGAGCCGUCAAGAUGGGCUCUUCUGUACAUCUAAUUAAAAUACAAUGAAGUCAGCAUCCUAUUAGACAAAUUAGUUGAUAUUAUCAUUUGAUGGCAUUACUGUAUUAUCAUUGAUGAUAUUACGGUAUUAUCAUUGAUGAUAUUAGUUGGUAUAAUCACAUAGAAAAGAUACCGUUAAGCAUUAUUCGUCUCUCAUAUUAUGCCCUCACACGUUUCUACGAAUUUAAAUCAUUAGUCAUGAAUUUUUGAACUAUACAAAGUUUAUCUAUUUUGUAAGGUUCAUGUUGUUAAAUUUAUAAAGUUUAUAGAAAAUUAUAUCUACUGUAGAAGAUUAUUAGAAAAUAUAUCUCAAAGAAAAUUGUAUCGAGAAAUUAACCAUUAUGAAGAAAUUAGACUAAGAUAACAUUGUUGAAUCGACAAGAUAAAUUAUGAAUUGAUAAUAAUUAUUAAUGAAAAUAUCAUUUGAGAAAUUAAAUUGAACCAGGUUAUGCGAAGGCUGGUUUAAGGGUAGACCUCCAUUACUAAACAGAAGCGAGUGAAAAUUAGACCAAGAUGAAAUGAAUGAUUAUCUUUGAAAUUAUUUUUGUGAGAAAUAUAAUUGAGCCAUGUUGAUACCCAAGGCUGUUUUUUCACUACUAUGUUUGAAUUUUUUUUUUCAUUAAAUUAAAUAAACUGCAACUACUGAACAGAAAGUUUCUAUUAAUAUUGGAUAUGAUGCAAAAUACUUGAAUCCUGCUUGUGUUAUGACAUGUCGAAUCUAUAUCUGCCUUUCUAUUUAAUUACAAAUUUAUUCUAAUAACAAGAAUCAUAAGUAUCAAAUCUUAAAUCAAUCUGUAAAUGCAUCAAAUUUAUUACUUUUUUCGAUGAUUAAAAUAAGUGGAAAGAGUUUUGGUAACUUUGGUCUGCGCAAAUGCAUUAAAGAACAUGCAGACCAUUUUCGUAUUAUUUUCUCGUGUACCAUUCACAUCCUUAUCAACCAUAUUGUUUUAUCAACCAUAUUCAAAAAUCAUAUUGUUUUAAAUUGUAAUAAAUUUUUUUAGACCGGUACUGAGACUCAAUAAAUCGAUUUAUUUAUGAUUCUUAUCCAAUAUCUACAAUAUUCAAUCUUGAAAAUUAGUAUUUUAAUAAUUACCGUAUGUAUCUAUAAGUUAUACUUACAUCGAUUUUUGGACGAUGAGGACGUCCUUAUUUUAGCAGAUUAAACGGAACUUGACAAACACAUGAUGUAUGCACAUCUUGUGUAUGUCAAGUUAUGUUUAAUCUAAUAGAAUUUAUAAGGACGGAAAAGAAUCGAUCGUCCAAAGAUUGAUGUGUGUGUAACUGGCUUAAAUAAUAAGUUACUUGGUAUUCAUUUUCAAUCAUAGUGGAAAAUACUGAAAUAAGUGUAAAUUAGGGUCUAUAUUUUUUAUUCUCAUUUAAUAUACGAGUGUAUUUCCUAUGUUUUAUUUUAUCUUUUUCAAAUAAAGACAUUUUUGUCUAUAUGAUACUCGAAUCUUAGAGUCUCCGUUAUGUAGAUUUCCAAGUGUGGUUUUUCAUCGGAACUUGAGAAAUUCUUCGACCAAUAACUGAACAUGGAUUAAAUAGUAUCAUUGGGUCUUUUCAUAACUUCUACGUUUGCCCAUUUAUCGGCCAAUUUCUGUACGUUAUUAAUAUUAAAAUCUCCCUUCUGAUUAGUACUGGUUUCUGCCUCACGACUCGUGUUUCCUCUGUACAGUGAGUGCUUCACCACAGUUAGAAAAGCCAAAUUCAAAUCUCCAUUUUCUUCUAAUUUCGCAUACAUUUUCAAAAUUUAUAGUUUUUCACUAAAUGAGCGAUUCGAUUAAUUAAUGUGCAAUUCAUUUAUUAUUAUUAAUACAUAAUAAUAUUGUUGUAAUUGUAUAUUGAUAAAUGCAAAUCUCUGUUUGACGGAGAUUUUUCUGCGAUUCAAACGGAUCAUAGGAAAUUUUAGGCCAUCAACUAGUAAAUUUCUCAUAUUCUUAGAAUUUUUCCAGUCAUAAUUCGUAAUCAUUCCAGUACUGUUUCUAGACUUGAAUGUUCUACAGAAAAUGCUCAACCUAUCCAUAUAUUAUGUCAAGCACUAGUACAUAUAUUAGAAUAUUGUAACUGUGAAUUUAUAAUAAUAUAUAAAGUAGUAAUAACGUUACUUAUAAAUAACUAUAAUAAAUAUAGUUCCCACAACGUUGCACAUAUAUAAACGGUACUUAUACUUCCUGUUGUAUUCAUAGAUAAUUAUUCUAGAAUAACUUACUCCAAUAAUAGGGUUAAUUUGAAUUUAUAAAGAUUUUUCAAUUAAUAUGUAACAUUUCCAUGUAAUUUGCGACACCCUGUUAAGGUUGAGUUGUGUGAUAUCAAAUAUGAAAAUUAAAUUCAUAACUAAUGUUGUAAAAGUUUUGAAGACACAAAUUCUUCGUUGGUGAAUUGAGGAUUGUAUAACUGAAGCUUCCAAUUAUCUAAGUCAUAUUAAUUGCAAUAAUAGUAGUUGAUAUUAGUUUUGAUAUUAUUUUCAUUCUGCUUCAUAUUCUAUGGUUAAAUUUCUGUUAUAUUCAGAAAUAUUUGAGAUUUUUAUUAAUUAUAUUACGGUAUUAUACAUGAUGUACUGAAGAAGCUAUUUUUUCUCAAUAAAUGUGUUAUUAUAUUAUUUUAUUAAUCAGGCAAGGAUAUUAAUUAUCAUGAUUCUAACGUUGAUUAGAAUAUAUACUAGUAAUAAUAUAAUUAUUCAGGUGCGUGUGUAUUUGUUUGUGUGGGAUUGGGAAUAAAUGUUUAUAUUAUUAUUUAGUAGUGAAUUCAAGGAUAAAUCGGUUAAAAUAACGAAAUAGUGUUACAAAUUUGUUUUAGAAACUCAAAUAUUUGUUCAUUGUAGUGUAUUAUGGCAAAAAUAAUUUGAAUUUGUUAUCGUACAUUUGGAUAUUACUGUUUAUUUUUAUCAAUUAUUUGUUUUGUUUAAACCAUAGUUAGUAAAGUAUGUUUUUUCAACUAGAUCAUAUUCAUACUUCUACUACUAUUAUUUUAUACUACUAUGUGCCAAAUGUAAAACUGUAAAAGCGUUUUAAUUGAAAGUUGAAAUGUGCAAUUAAUCAGUCUAUAGAGUUUGAGAUUAUAAUCAUUUUUUCUUUUACAAGUCAUGCAAAAAAACUAACGUUAUAUUUCUGUGGCUUGGUGCAACAACUACCUAUGUCAAAAUGUCAACUUUCUCACAAAUCAGCUUGAAAGAUCACCUUGUAUUUUCGAACUACAUCAUUUCAAUACGGAAAUGCCAGUGCUAGAAGUGCAGAAGUCGACAUUGGUAGUUCUGGCAUGGAGUAUGAAUGACAAUCUAAAAACAUUUGUCUUCAUUGGUAGUUUUCGCACUCUGAGAUUGGUAGACAAUCAUGACAUCGGUAGUAUAAACUGUAUAACUUUUUAUUGCUUUGAGAUUGGACAUUGGCACUUCUGGAACUGAAAAUAAUCGAUAUUAGUGAUGUAUUAGUGUAUUAAACUCA